AUGAAAUAAGCCUUUUAUUUUCUCCGAAAAACCGAUACAUUUGGUGUAAAAUUUAAUCCUGCAAUCAACAACAAAAUGAAUUUUACUUAUAAAACUUUUUUAGGGGGACUUUUUUCUUUAAUCAUUUAUUCACUUAGUGCAGCUUAUUUUGUAUAUGAAAUGUACAGAUGGAUGAAUAUGGAUAUGGUUCCUAUUGUGACAACUGAGAUUCAUAGUUUUAAUAAUGAUAUUGAAAAUCUUUUGGAUGAAUCUAAUGCUUAGAUUGAAUUUGAAAUUUUUAACACAGCAAAUGGAAAUGACUCAAUUAAUCCAUUCAAUUAAACUUAACUUGUAUUGACUCCAAUAUUGAAGAAUUAUUCAAAUGGAAAGGAGUAAACUGUCGGAUAUAAUUUUUCUUAAUUUGUGUCUGAAAAUAUAUUUACUCCAUAAUUUAGACUUAAUUCAAAAAGUGAAUAUUAAAUUUCUUUUGCAAGAUGUACACAAGAAAUGCUACUUGAAGGUUAAAUUUGUGCAAACUAAGAAAUUAUAAAUAACUUUUUCAACCAAAGAGGAAACGAAUUGUAAGUUAACAUAAUUCUCAAAAUAGUUGAUCCAAGGACAUUUAAAGAAAAAUAAAUAAAAAAAACAUAUGGAAUAAUUUUAGAAGAAAUAGAAUGCUAAAUAACUAAAAUUAGCAUGGAAUAUACACAUUAUUAGAUAUAUAAAGAUUUUAUAUUUCCAACCCCAAUCAAUAAAAUAUUUGUAAGUGAAACAGUUGAAUAAACAACUUAUGGAACUAAGGACUAUUGUUCAAAAAGAUUUGUUGAAGAAAGUUAUGCUUUAUUAUGGAUAACUACAUCUUAGGUUGCAUAUGUUUAGAGAAUGUAAUAUCCUGAAAUUGGAGAUGUAUUAGCCAAUAUUGGAUCGAUUAUAGAGGUUUUAUUUUUAAUAGAGCUUUUCAUUCAUAAAUACAACGAAAGUUGCUUGAUCAAUUCUAUGAAAGAGCAAAUUCUUUCAUUUUAUUAUCCUGAAUUAUAGUUUAUUAAAAUGAAAAAAAAUUGUUUAGGUAAUAUUAAGAAUUGUUCUUUAAAUUCAGCUACUUGAAUUUAAUUUAUGAAGUUUCAAGGUUGCAAUUCAUUUUGCAAUCCAUUACUGUUAAAGAAGAGUUUUAUUAAUCACAUUAGAUAGGCAUUAAACUAAAUCUAGAAAAAGAUUGUGAAAAUGAUUAAUUCUUUAAUUUGAUGGAAGAUGAUGGAGGGGGAUUUUUAGAUUCAGCAAAAAUAGUGAAUAAUAAAAAAUUGUCUUCUAACGACUCGUUUUUAUUAUCUCUUCAUAAAAGAAAUCUAUUAAUGAAUGAAGAUUAUAUUGAUUAAGAGUUAAUUUCUGAUAGAAAUUUUUUUGAAAUUAACAGAAUCAGUAAAACAAAAAAUUGA